AAGUACUCGUUAUACACCAAGAACAAGAGAGUCUCUCUUCUCUAUAAGAUAAACCCACUUCAAUUGAAGGCGGUGAAACGAGAGGUACAUGAGACAGCAUACCUGCAAAAGUUUUCAACUAGUUUCACAUGAGAAACAACAUUUGUUCAAACACUUUCCAGGUAAUUUCAAAACCUAAACUCCUAUGUGAGGAAUCUAUGAAAAAGUUACUCAACAGAAGAUGGACAUUGCCAACUCCUGAGACUAAAAUUCAUCAAGUAAUUCACAGACAUAGAUUGGAUGGUCGUAAUUUCUUCCAAUUGAACACCAGUCCCGAUUUUGGUGACGGCGAUGGUAAACAAAGGAAGAGCUUUUAUGUCGUGCGGGAUGAUUUGUUGCAUCCGCUAAUUAAUGGCAAUAAAGCAAGAAAAUUGGAUGGAUUGCUUCCCUUGCUUCAAGAUUAUUCAGUCACUGAUGUGGUUACUUGUGGAGGUUGUCAGAGUGCUCACACAGCUGCUAUUGCUGUUCUGUGUGCUGAGAGAGGAAUUAUGUCACAUCUGCUUCUACGAGGAGAGCAGCCUGAAAUCUUGACUGGCUAUAACUUGAUGUCUACAAUAUACGGAAAUGUCACAUAUGUUCCGAGAACUAUUUACGCCAACAGGGAAGACAUGUUAAAGAACUAUGCUACGUCAGUGGCCGGAAACAGUGGUUCUGUCCUAUGGUUCAGUGAUAUCAUUCAAGCGUCAUCAGCAGCCGAAUCGUCUACUUCUCCAAAUUUAAUGCAAAUGGACGCAAGUAGAAGUGAAGGAAACCAUCUUCAAAAGAUUUUAGUCGUCAACGAAGGGGCUGGUGAUUCUGUUGCUCUACUAGGUAUUAUUCGGUUAGUGCAAUACUUAUCACAAAAUCAUUUACUUGGAAAACAAAAGACCGUGAAAUUUGUCGUGGAUGCUGGUACUGGCACAACAGCUAUUGGUAUAGGACUUGCAGCCAUUUUUUUAGGACUUCCGUGGGAGGUACAUGCGGUUAUGCUUGCAGAUAAAAUUGAUGGGUACCGAAAACAGGAAAAACACUUGAUUUCUGAAUUCAGUAAUCAUUUCAAUGUUGAGUUUAUUGACCACGACGUAAACAAAGAAGAUGCUGGGAUUGUGCAUUGGGUGGAACGUGACCGUCCAAGAAAAUUUGGUAAUAUUUUGGACGGCGAAAUGGUGGUAUGUCAGCAAAUUGCGCAGCAAACUGGGAUUCUAGUGGAUCCUGUUUACACAUUAGCUGCUUGGGAAAUGGCAAUGCUUCUCUCUAGCAAAGAGGAUGAAGAAGAAGCAGAAGUGGUGAUGCUUCACACUGGAGGCACGUUGGGCAUGUUUGGGUUAGCACAGAGGGCUUAAAUAGUCUACAAGUUUUUUUUGCAUUUUAUUGUCACAGCAAUUUGUUUAUUUUAUUCCGAGGGAAGCUUGCAGGCCACUAAGCUAUAACUCUGAGGGAAAAAUGCUUACAAAGUCAUUCUAAAGCAAAGGAUACAUUAGGUUACUUGUGGGAGAAAAGUGAAAUGAUGAAAACCAAAUCAAUCACCUGUUUGUCCUCCCUGAAAGAUUGAGUGAUAUAUUAAAUUCAAAGAGAACAACGAGAGAAUCUAAAAGUAAAUUUAAAAGUUGAAUGCACGAUUUUUUUAUGUUCACGUUGUGAACAUUAAUUUGAUUUUUCUUCUAAAGUUGCCCAGGAAGAGGUACAAGAAAGUCACAAUGAGUGACUUUUCUGCAUAGUGAUUUCGCAUGAUUUCGAUGUCUCUUCUGAUUUGAAGUGAAUUAGCUUACAUAGUGAUUCCCUUAGCCUAAUAGGGAGUAAGGUAGGCAGAGACAUAUGAACGUUAAUCAAUGGUCAUAAACAUAGAUAUUCGUUUAUUAUGGGACUUCAGAGAUAUGUUUAGACAUAGUGAUAUAAUAUAUGGAGUGUUCACAGUCCAUCUAGCAUAAGGCUCAAAGGAGUGAAGCGUUUAAGGGUAAUGCCAUCCUGACCAUUAAUACUCGGGAUACAAUAUUCGAGAUGUACACACCCCCAAGCGUGAGGCUUGAAAGGGCGAAGCGCUUAAGAGUAUUGCCAUCCUGACCGCCAAAUAUUUGGGAUGCACACAAUCCCUAAAGCGUGAGGCCCCAAAGGGUGAAGCGCUUAAGGGCGAUGAUGUUGAUCUCUUCACUGAUCCUCCUUUCCUUCUUACCUAACGAAGUGUAGGUCGGGAUGGAAGCCAAGAUAUGUUCUAUAUUCCUCUUUCCCUUAAGGCCUAGAUUUUGAGCGAGAGACUCGUUGAAGUAUCUCGCUUUGAGUCCAUUUUGGAACGUCCCCACAAACAUUUCUUAGUGUGAGGGAGCAAUCUGAUGGUGGCUUCAUUAAGACGGGUGAGAUAAUCCCCUAGUGACUCUGAUGGACCCUAUUGUAUGUUGAAUAGACUGGUGGUGGACAUCUUUCUGCGAGAGUUGGAGGCGAACUGAUGCACAAGUUUUUGUACCAGCUCUUGAUAACUGGCGCUGGAGGUUCAAGGUAGACCCAUAUACCAUCACAUAACAGCGGCCCUGAAGGUGCCAGACAACAGUUUGCAUUUCAAGGAGUCAGGUGCUCUAAUAAUGACCACUUAUGUGUUGAUGGAGGCAUCAUGUUCUAAGGGAUCACUGUGCCCAUCAAACUUGGCUAUAGAUGGAUGUCUGAAUCCUUCAGGGACAAACGCUUCCCAUAUCUCGUUUGUGGUUAAAGGAUCUAGCACUUCCAUCUCUUCUAUGGGAUUGGACUCUUGAUGACGCUGUCUGAUGUUAGGGACAUUAUCCUCCAAUGUUUGACUAUGACGGUGUAGUUCGUCCAUGGCGGCGUGCCUCUUUGUCAUGGCGUUGGCAUCUCAGCUACCACUGGUAUCCUCCAGUGUACAGGAUAGAGCCCUCUUGUUAACCUUGGUUGGGAAAGGCUAAGUAUAGGAGAAGGAUAUGAAAAUGAGUAUGGUGAUUGUGAUGAAGAAAUGUGUGGUUCAGGUUAGUUUUACCGGAGCCCCACGUUAAGCGCCAUGUAUUGGUAAAAAAGAAUGGGUGUGCAUGGUAUUCCUACAUGGGUAGGGGAUACUCAUAUGCCUUAGUAGGUUUAUAAAAAAUUGAUAAUGGUUAGGGAUUUCCCAUGAUGGUAAGAAGCUCUGUAUAAUGGUUUUACGGUGGCUUUGGAGGACCUGCUCACGUGAGGUGAUAAACUCUCUUUAUCAGCAUAUUGCGUAGGUAUAAGCAUGUAAGUUAUGAUUUGUCUUUUCUCAUAUUAGAGGAGAAACAUAUAUUGG